CUAUCUGUCGUAUUUAGAGCUCACCUCAAGAGUACCAUCUUUGCUUGCAAGUUGCAUGAACAACAAAUAGUCUCGAAAACCCGACCCUGUUGCCUAGGGUCGAUUUGAGUCUAAAAGACUAACGACCCCCUUUACGCCCUUAAAUGCACACGGGUCAAAGAAAACCAGAUAGCGAGCUACAGUAGCUUGCUAUGACUAUUUACCCUUUGACGAGCCAGAGAGGUCUGCGCAUGUCAGCAACGUUUCCAAGUUGUUACAGCAAGCAAGAUCUCCAGUUAACCCUGAUGAUUGUACGUCAGUUCACCAGCAGAGGCGUCACCUCUCAUCUGUGUACCCGAUUUAAAGAGACCCAGAACAGACCGGUCAUGGCCAGACCCAGCUCAGACCUAGCAGCGUUCCGAGAGGUGUUCUCGAAAGCCAAACACGUGGCCAUCUUGACAGGAGCAGGGGUUAGUGCUGAGAGUGGGGUCCCAACCUUCAGAGGAGAAGGAGGCUUCUGGAGGAAAUGGCAAGCCCAGGACCUGGCCACCCCUGGUGCGUUCAGUCAGAAUCCAUCCAGGGUAUGGGAGUUCUACCACUACCGCAGGGAGGUGAUGCUGACGAAGAGCCCCAACUCGGCUCAUGUGGCCAUAGCAGAGUGUGAGGCCAGGCUGCAGAAACAGGGGCGCCGCGUCACCGUCAUCACACAGAACAUCGAUGAGCUACAUCGCCGAGCCGGAUCCACCAACAUUUUGGAGAUGCACGGCAGUUUGUUUAAAACCUGCUGUAUGAGCUGUGGUCAUGUUGGGGUUAACCACAAGAGCCCCAUCUGUGCUGCCCUGGAGGGCAAAGGUGCUCCAGACCCCAACACCAGUGAUGCUCAGAUCCCUCCUCAUGACUUACCCAGAUGUGAGCAGGAUGGCUGUAGUGGUCUGCUCAGGCCUAAUGUGGUCUGGUUCGGGGAGACUCUGGACUCAGACAUCCUGACUCGCGUUGAAGAGGAACUAGACCUCUGUGACCUCUGCCUAGUGGUAGGUACGUCCUCCAUAGUGUACCCAGCAGCAAUGUUUGCUCCCCAGGUGGCGGCUAGAGGAAUACCUGUAGCUGAAUUUAACAUGGAGGAAACACCCGCCACCAUGCGCUUCAGGUUCCACUUCCAGGGCCCCUGUGGGACCACCCUGCCCCCUGCACUGGCACGCCACAACAAUGAGCCCUGACUUCCCCUGGCUGAGCCAUAGCGCAGUAUACAUAGACCAGACUCUAGUGCUGGAUGGGUGUGCUCAGGGGUGUAUUCAUUAGGGCAAAACAUUUAGCAACAGUUAACGUUUUGCAACACAAACAAGCCCUUAUUGGACCAUUUCAGGUUAGUCGCUCUUCGUUUCAGCCAUCUGCUUCUGUUUGGUUCCUAAAGAAUACACCCCAGUUUUGUGAAUGUAAUGUAUGCUAUAGAAAACAGACUGUGCUGACAAUACCCCACACUCCCUAGGCUACCACUCUGGAUUUGUGUUAUUGCAUGAAAUGACAACCAUGUUAAAAAAAAUAAAUCACAAUUAUGACAUGUCGUCUGGUAUCUCAA